AUGGUAUCAUCAUCAUCAUCCCUAGGCUCCUCGUCAUCAUCACCUAAUUUGACCCGCCUGAGACCUGUUUCCUUGACUCCUGCCGAGUCUUUUAUGGAGACGGCAUCCGCCGCUAGUCGAAUGAAGAAGAUGCAAAUAGCGUUAGUUAUUGCAUCAAUACUGGUUUUCAUACACAUGGAACGGACAAUUGAAAAUUUUACUGAAACAGGCAACGCAACAAUAUCAUCCAAACCACCACAUCACAGUCCCAGCAAAAUAUCAUCCAAACCACUAUCACCUGCCAUGACGACAGAAACGUCACCGCCAAGCUUUGCUCCCUUUGUGGAUGCGGAGGGCGACUCGUCACAGCCCACCGCAAUAAUAGGGGACAUGACGAGCAAGCCGUCUGGUACAUUCGUUAGCAAUCAUAAUAAUGACGAAAAAGAUGACGACGACGAUAAUACCAAUGGUGGUGGUGCCAAAGAUGGCGAUGAUGGUGAUGAGGAAACUGCUUCAGUUAACAAAACCUUACCGACCAGCUCGCCUUUAACUCCCAUUACGUUUGAAAACAAAACACUGACGAUACCAGACUACUCAAAAGGAUUGUCACACCAGCUUGUCAACUUUUCUCGGCAAAAUUGCGACUUGUCUUCGUUAAAGUCAUGGUACCCUGAAUCCGAUGAAGACUCUUGGGAGUUUAGGGCCCCCUACUUUGUCAUUGCAGGUGUAUGGAACUCGGGAUCGAAAACUCUUGCCCAAAAGCUAUACGGUCACCCACAAAUUGCAAGGAGAGCCACCAAAACCAAUGGCUUUUACAUGCCCGCCAACUUUCGCAAAUUCCGGUCGCCCAUUCCCAAAGUCUUUCAAGCGCGGCAUCGAAUGUAUGCACAAGCCUAUAACAAAGGUAUGUUGAAAGCAUCAUCCAAUCUAGUGGCCAUGGAUAUUGCCCCAGGGUACGUUUUCUAUGCCGAACAAGUUGGUCACACGCUACUUUGUGUGAGCCCUUGGACCAAGAUUGUGAUUUUGCUGAGAAAUCCUGUGGAACGGUUGUCGGAGCAAUAUGCUCGUGCCAAGCAGACAUUUGGACUUAAAAUUGGUUUGGAGCAGUGGAUUGCCAACGAAAUGGAAUUGAUCACCAGUGCUGGAUUGAUUGGAACUCCUCCCGAUUCCGACGAGGAGCAGCAGGCGUGGAAAACGUAUCAAAAAGUACCAAGCAUGGCCAAUCCAAUCGGGAGAUCGUUGUACAUCUUCCAGCUGAACGAGCUGCUUCAGGUGUACAAGACAGCGGGGAAGGUCCCUUCGAAAGAAAUCUACAUAGCGCCAUCCGAAGUUUUGGAAGAUAAAGACACCUUUCAAGAGGAAUACAACAAAUUGCUAUCAUUUCUCGAUUUGUCAACGAUACCAGUGGAUAGCUUUGCUCAAAAAGCUCUCCCUUCAGCAUCUUCGUCUCACAUGACGGAGGAAACGAGGAAAACUCUGGUCAAGUUUUUUAGGCCCUACAACAAACGGCUCUACAACCUUCUCGAGGAGGAAGGUUUCCCGACAUAUCCUUGGAAAAAGUUGUGGAAAAGCAAAACUACUGAUUCAAAGAAAGCAUAG